AUGAACGACACCCAGCAGGGACGACUUACCUCUUCUGGGAUUCCCAUUCAUUCCUCUUCUUCCAUUCCCUUUCAUUCCCCUUCUUCUCCUUCUUCAGAUAUGGGAAGAAUUUGCCUACUCGUCUUCACUGACGAUUUUGUCUGCCGAAACCUCGUCUCCGAGGUGCUCCAACAUUGCUCUUAUGAAGUGUUGCACAUUGGAAGGGCUACGGAUGCGUUAGGUGAGAUUGGGAAGAGAAGAAAUGGGAUCAGUUUUGUUUUGACAAACUUAAACAGGUUAAAGACAAACGGGGCUGAGAUUAUCCAAACCAUUGAGAAGGAACUCAAUCUGGGUGUCUGUUUGAUAUUGCCGCCGAGCAUGGAGUUCGACACCAAAGGCCAGGAGUGCAACGUUUCAUCAUACAUUCUUAAUUUUUCAGAUAUAAGAGAAAUGAAAGCGCUGUGGCAAUCAGCUUUUGAGAAGGAGAAAGUCAGAAAACCCUCAGCAAUUAGAAGCCCAGUAAUGGGUGUUGAGAUUAGGAUUGAAAAUAAUAAUGAACCAUCCGUUGAUGGGGAACCUGGGAAUUAUAAUGAUCACCAUAACCGGAGGGCGAAAGAGGUGAGAGAGAAACCGAAUGAGGAAAGUGGUGGUGAGAAGAAAAAGAAGCCGAGGUUGAGCUGGAACCCGGAGAUGCAUCAGAGAUUUGAGCAGGCAAUCAACAAGUUGGGCAUUGACAAGGCAGUUCCGAAGAAAAUAGUCGAGUUAAUGAACGAGCCAGGGUUGACAAGAGAGCAUGUUGCCAGCCAUUUGCAGUUGGAUUUGGAUGAAACUUUUAUAGGAAAGUCGUUGGAGGGUUCUGAGUAG